CUCGGAGAAAAAAAAAUCACAUUCAAUUUCUGAAAUUUGUGCGCGUUGGUUCUGUACACUUCGUCUCUCUCACUCCAACACAUAUAGUGUAUCGCCGUCUCGUUCUGUCCGGUGGCUCCAUCUCGCUCUCGCCGGCUAAGCUGGUCGUGAGAUUUCGCUCGGAUCCGACUCUCCGGUGGAUCGGAUCCAAAAAACAACAAGAGGCAAACAACAAAAACUGCAAAACUAAGUCAAAACAAUUGAAGUGAAAUUCUCGCGGCACAAUUUUGAUAUUAGAUAAACGAGGUAAUUCUUCCCGCCGCGGGCACUGCGAGUGGAACUGAAUCUGUGGCCUAGAACCAGAGCCACAUAAAAUAUUAUUAAUAACAAUCAGUAAAAGUGGAAAACGCGAUGCGGCUAAUUGGAUUUAUGCUAAAUUUGGCAGCCCUAACAGCUGUCGUCUUGGGCAAUCACCAUGAGAGCCUGUCGCUGAGUCCGGCGGAGCAUAGCGUUGUGCGCUACACAAACGAAUCCCUCAUUGUGCAGUGCCGGAGCCCCGAUCCGGACGUAAAGCUGCAUUGGAAAUCGCCAAAAGGGGAAAUUAUACGAGAGCACAAAGGACGCAUCCACAUUGAGCAAACAUCGCCAGAACAAUUGAAAAUCGUUUUCGCCCACAUCGCACUGGCGGACAAGGGCAAUUGGAGCUGCGAAGCUGCUGAGGGCCGUCUGCAUAGUAAAUCCUUCGAUUUGAUUGUAUAUCAGAAAAUUACGUUUACGGAGAACGUCAGCGUGAUAACCGUAAAAGAGGGCGACAAGGACAAGACUAUAUUGUGCGAGGUGAAGGGAGAACCGCAGCCAAAUAUCACCUGGCAUUUCAACGGGCAGCCCAUUAGUGUGGAGACGGCAGAUGGCGCCAAGUAUCGCAUCCUGGCCGAUGGUUUGCUCAUCAACAAGGUAACACAGAGUGACACCGGCGAGUACACGUGCCGGGCAUACCAAGUGAAUUCGAUUGCUUCCGAUAUGCAGGAGCGCACAGUUUUGAUGAAAAUCGAACACAAACCAUUUUGGACGCACAAACAGUUCGUGAGCAUGCAGUAUGCGUACAUCAACGGGACGGCGUCCAUCAUGUGUGAGGCCCAGGCAGAGCCGCCGGCCACCUUCACGUGGCAUCGGAAGCAGAAGCGACUGCACAGCAACGAGCGGCUCUACACGAUCGAGGGCGACCACUACUGGUCCCGGUUGACCGUCCAUGUGCUGAACGCCAGUGUAUUUGACAACUAUCGCUGCCGGGCCACCAAUCAUCUGGGCAGCAUCGAGCGGACAAAACGCCUGGAGCAGGGCGAGAAGCCCCCAUCGCCCAUCACGUUCCAGCUACGCGGCUUCAACUCGAACACCUUCGAUGUGGAUGUUAGUGCCCCGCGUGGACCCGAGGACCGCGGACCCAUGGAGGUGAACGGCUUCCGGAUCGAGUACAUGUCCGAGCUGGAGUUCAAGUCGGAUGCGGGCAAGUGGACCAAUGCCAGGCGCAAGGACUUCCCCUUCGAAGAGGGUGCCACUUUCCUCAUUACCAACCUGGAACCCGACACCUAUUACCUGAUGAGGGCCGCCUCCCGCAACCUUGCCGGCUUUAGUGACUUUACCAAAGUAGAGAAGUACAAGACGCUGUCACUGGAGCCGCGCGUGUCUUCGGCGCACCCGCUGCCCCAAUCCACAUCUAUGUGCUUCGGUUUGAUGGCUUUGAUGGGUCUGACACUACGGCUGGGAUAUUGAAUCUGUAUCUGCAGGCGGAUGACGGAUAAUGGAUGAAAGAUGACGGAUGAUGGCCGAUGUAUGACGUAAAAAUUUGGACGGGUGAUGCACCUAGCGGAACCGUGGCGAGCCCUUAACCCCCAUGUGCUUUGUUUAGCUUUAAGGCGUGUUCGUUUGGGCACAUUUCUGUCUGAUUUGCUUGGUCUAAGUUCUUGGUUUAUUCCACUGUUGAUACAACCCAAAAACCAAUGUUAUGUUAAGUUUAGAACGACUCUCUCAUUAGCUUUGAACUUGCUUAAGGAUUAUGACUAUAGUUGAAAAGGAUAAAUAUUUAUGCAAAACACAUAGGAAUAUUUAUAUUUAAACAAAUCCUCAUAGUGCUAAACUGGAAUACCAAACUGCAACUUAAGAUUUGCGAUACAGUGGGCCAGAAGCUGUUCAAGCUUCCCAAAGAAGUACCAACUAAAGCCUCUAUCAUAACGUUUGCUCAACUUUUUUCGGUAUGCAAAUCAGAAAAUAAAUCUUAGCUGAAUAAUUAUCCAAAACUAAAAUUAUUCGUCGUUGAGCUUAGGCCCUGGCGCCCACAAGAUGUUUUGUUGCCAAAUCAUAAAGAUUUAAUCAAUAAAGUUGCCAAACCGCAAAGAUCUAUUCCAAAAGUUGCCAAAAAACAUAAUAUAUUCUACAUAUGUAUUUAAGAGAAACUGAUACAAAAAUUCCGAUAAACAUUUCAACUUAAGAACACUCAUAAACUAUAUAAAGAAGAUAAAUCGUUUAAAAUCUUCCUCUAAAGAUCAUAAAAAGUAAACUAUCACCACAAAGUCUCUUUUAAAAGAAACGUGUGAGCGCAUCAAACAAUAAAUAAGAACAUAAAAGAGCUUAAAAAGCAUUUGAAUUUUCGUAUUACAUAAACCCUCCUCUCUUUUUUAAUGUUCCGAAGCCAAGGCUAACAUUUCUACAUGCCCAUUUCAAAGAAAACAUUAAUUUAUAUAAAGAAAUACGUAUCUCACAAUAAAAGGGGAUGCCAAAUGACCGUAUACCAUACACGAAUAUAUAUUACAAACUACAAUUUGGGUAAAAAGUUCAACCUUUAUGAGAUACAACACUUCAAGAGGAGUGUAAGACGAAUGUAACCUAGCCAAAGAUUAAAUAUUUUGUGGUUUUCUUUUGACAAUUGUGUGUGAGCCGAAAUAAAAGUUAUUAUGGAUACCAAGCA